AUGUCCGGUUCUGAUGAUCCAUUAAAUGAGAUGAGCUCAAAUACGGUUUUGAGGAGUUCUUCCAAGGUUAUACAAUCGUUUGGGAAGUCCCAAAAUUCACACUUCAUUAAAAAUCAAUGCACCGCUAGCAAUAUUGAAACAGGAUUUCAGACGAUCACUCAAUUUUGUGCAGACUCUACGACUUAUGGAAACGUCAAAAUAAACGAUAUUCAUUGCACUAUAUUGGAACUAUACAAAAUAUUAAUAAAAAUUCAUUCAACGUGCCAUAUAAAAUUAUUAGUGAAGUCACACUUAAUGGUAAUAGGCAAAUAUAUAUCUGAUGGCCAUUACUCCCGAGCGUCUGUAGAAAUAAUGAAUCUCUACAAUGCAACGAACAUUUACAAAGUACAUAAUUUGGGGGAUAUUUUAUUGUCUGAUAUUUUUAAAUCCAAUCAAUACUAUAUCUCAAGUGUUAAGAUACUGAUAAUACAAAUUAUCAUUAAAACGAAAACCAUAUCAACUUAUGAAACAUCACUAAUAGAAUUAUUUGCACAUGAUGAAAGAUAUCUUUUAAGAGAUCCAAAAAUUAAAAUACAUAUACUGAAUAAGCUAUUACUUAAUUUGUAUAGUACAGAUACCAAUUACAAGAUCCUUUACGGAUUGAAAUUUUUGAAAUAUAUUGAUCAAUAUAAUUUGAAAUUCCAGAAUUAUAUUACUAAUAUAGAUGAAAAUACGUUUAAAAAUCAACUCAUUGCACAUUACCAUAACAACCAAGAAGGAAAAAAUCAUUUGAAUUUAUUUUAUAUGGAUUAUUCAAAAUAUGCACAACAUUUGGAUAAAUUAAUGUUAUCUGACAUAAUAAUAGAAGAAGGAAACUCUAAUGUUCGUUUUAACAACUACGAAGAAAUUUUGAAAUCUGCGAAACAAAAUAGAAAAUAUAACUUUAUGGGGAUUGAGGCUUUGAACGAUAUCGCAAAACAAGGGCUAGUUACUCUGGAAAACGAUAAUAUACCACAGUGUGAUAAAUUAUUGACAAUAACCUACAUCUGGAAAAAUUUAAUAAACCAAAGUGUUGUGUUUGAUGUUCUACAAAAGAAAUUAUACGAUAAAACCCUUAAUUUUUUGAAUCAUAAUCUAAAUAAAUUAAAAUCUAAUUCUAAUGAUAUUCUCGAGCUCCUAUACAAUAUAGGUAACAACUUUAAACAGUUUCAGAGAUUAUCUAAUUUAGUCAAUGUUAUGUUCAACAUUGCAAUCACUCGAAAUGACACUACUUUAUUGUUACUAACCGUGAAAACUGAACUAGCCAUAUUGAACACAUCAUUAGAUAUACCCACAACAACAUACCGUAACAUUACCAAGAAAAUGGAUAAAUUCCUUCAGGCUACACAAAAUCAAAAAUGCAAAUAUGAAAUAUUUUCCAAAUAUUACAAUAUUUUCGCUAUAUUUAAUGUAGAUUCUUUACAAGAAUUACAGUUAUACUGCCAGUGCUGUCAAUCGGUGAUGGUAAAAAGGCUCUCAGGAGAGAACAUCUCAAAUAUUUUUGACAUUUCCGAAAUCAUGUCGGCAUUCCUUCAGUUACAAAUAGAUAAAGAAAACAACAAUUGUGAAAAGAACAAUGUUCUAACCAAUAUGUUACUUUCCAGUAUAAGUGGCAAAUUUAACGAAUGUGUUACUCAAACUUCUGACAGAAACAAGUUUCACUUUCUUUAUAAAUACGAGGCGUUGAUAAAAUCAGUUUAUUAUUUCAGUCUCAGUAUCAAAAAUUCCUGUACCAAGAAUAUCCAUGAUAUUCUUGAAACUUAUAAAAAGCAAUGGUUUUUAAACCAGAAAAGCAUACAUACCUUAGCUGAACUCGAAAAGUAUUUUUUGAAGACUGUAUUUUCACAUUUACUGUUUAUACAAUUUGAUAAGAUGCUCUUAGACUUAACGGAACUUAUUUCUACUAAUAAUGUCUACUAUGAAGCGUUAUCUUUAGAGAUUAUCCAAAAUUCCUUGCUCGCAGCCCGUCGUUUAGGACUUGGAUCAAAAAUAGAAUCCAUAAAUCAAACGGCUCAAUCAUUACCACAUGAUUUUACUAAAAUAAAACUGGAAAAUCUCUUGUUAAGUCUUAAUAUUUCUCUCAAUAUCUGUUUGUGGUACAAUGAUGUUAGAAAAUUCAAGGAGAUGUUUCAGGAUAAUUUGAGUAUCACUAGGGCAGAAAUACUUGAUAUAAAUAACACAUCAAAGUUACCAUUCAGCUCAUAUAUUUCUAUUCUGAUAUUCAAUCUUAAGUUGUAUAACACAGCUUCGAAACUACAAGCUGAUAUUAACUCUGUGGUGCCAUCAAUUGUCGAAAGUAAACGUGCAGUCAAAUUAUCAAUGUCAUUACUGAAGUUGUUAAACAAACUUGAUCAAAAAACAAGAAAUGUUUUGAUACAGACACUUGUCGACUGUUAUAUAAAUCUAAUCGAGGCACAUAUUCGAAUUGGGAUAUCAAGAGACACUGAAUUUUACGUUAAAGAGAUGACGAAAAUAAUAGACACAUUGAAGGAUCCACCGAUCAUCUUCAAUUGUCUCCAUUCUCUACUACAGUAUUAUCAAAUUACUAAACAAGACAAUUUAAGACUCAGAACAUUACAAGAAGCUAAUAAAGUGUUCAAUCACAUCACAAGUGAGGAAGAUAUCACAAGUUUAACGAAAUUUCUUUUUGAUAAUAAUGAAUAUGAGAAACUUGAAAAAUCACUACGUUUAAUUUUCGGAGCAGAGCUUCUUAAUACUACAUUGCUACCAAUUUGGAGAUUAAAGAUGGGGAAGACUAUUGUACCAGAACCUGCUUUUUCUAAAAAAUUAAUAGUUGAAAAUUCGAUUAACAGAGUUGAUCAGAUACAUAAUCGAAUUAUAAGCCAAUUAGAAACAGAUCCUUUCUUUAAAAGUAUUUAUGAAUCAUCGCUGGCGAUUCCAUCCAUAAAGGAUGAUAAAGAAAUGACAUUUGGUAGAAACAAAUACCAAAUAAUGAAUAGUAACAUCAUGAACUCACCAAGGUCUUCAAACAUGACACCAAGAACCAAAAGUCGUGUCCAAAAGUUUGAUAGGGCCCUAGUUGUAGACAAUUUAGAAAAAAUUCUAGACACUAUAGAAAGUAUCAAUCCUUAUGAAAUCGAUCACAUAUCACUACUGAGAAUUACAUCUAUAUAUUCUAAAUGCUCCAUCAUGUUAUCAAAUAUCUCUGACGAUUUUAGAGAUUAUCUACCCCGUACAUUAUUUCUGACAGAGAUCUCGAGGUUCCUACCUCAUUAUUAUGAUAGAAUUCUAAGCAGUUUAAAUAAUAAACUAUAUCAAGAAUUCUGUCUGCUCCCGUUGGAUGCUCCGUUGCAAAGUUUAUCUAUUCCAAAUAUGAGAUCUUUGAACGAAAAUCUUAAGAGUACAAAAGAAUCGAAUUUUAUGUUCGACAUAAUUACUAUCGAUAUAUGUCCUGUAACAGGUAACUUAUUGUUAUCUAAAUCCCAUUCAUAUGAUGAAUCAAGUGUAUAUAUUACAAUACCUUUAAAUGGAUCCUUUUUUAGAGAUUUAGAUGGAACUCGCAUCUCUUACGAGGAGGCUGUUGACGAACUGAAUGAUAUCAUUAAUAAGAGUAAUGAAUCAGUUUCAAGAAAGGUCACCUCUAAUAUAACAACAAGUGAAGGUAGAAAAGAAUGGUGGAGGACAAGAUAUAUGUUAGAUAAACAUUUGGAAGAAUUAUUGCAAAAGAUCGAGAGAUCAUGGUUUGGUGGUUUUCAAGGGUUCUUCUCGGAUAAAAAAAUCAAUGAAGUCUACUUUGGUGAAUUUUCUCAAAAAUUCAAUGAGAUUCUACAUAAUAAUUUACCAUCUCGAAAGCACACCGGGACACCUGAUACAUUUUUACAGAUUGAGAACUGGAUUCUUGAAUUAUUUCUACUAAUUGACCAUUCAAAUAAGGAUUUCCUUUCAAUGAUUGAAGAUUUAUUGUAUUUCGUGCUAGAUAUUUUGUUAUAUCAUGGCGAAGAAAAUGCAUAUGAUGAAAUUGAUAUGAGCAUUCUUCAUUUCCAAACCGAAGAAGCGAUAAAUAAAUAUCAUUUACAUUGUGGGAUAAGUAGUCCAAAAAGGGUACAACAUACUUUCCUAGUUGUCAGUAAUAAAUGCCACAUGUUCCCGUGGGAAAGUAUGACAUUUAUGAAACCUUUAUCAGUGUCUAGGGUUCCUUCAUUACACAUCUUAAGAGAAAUGAUAGAAAAUAAUAAUUACAAGGUGCAGUUGGAUGUGUCAAUUAGUGAAAAAUUAUCUAUGGUUUUAAAUCCUGGUGGUGAUUUGGUUCGUUCUGAAGAACGAUUUUCAGAAUUAUUUGCUAAUAUUGCAAGAAAUUGUCCAGAUUCCAAACUAUUAAUAAAUGAGAAACCAAGCGAACCUGAUCUUUUACGCAUUCUAAGUUCAUCAAAUUUGUUCAUUUAUAUUGGCCACGGUGGCGGAGAACAAUACGCUAGAAAUAAAGAGAUAAAAAGACAACAUAAUGUGGCCCCAAGUUUUUUACUAGGAUGUUCCUCUGCUGCUAUGAAAUAUUAUGGACAUUUAGAGCCGACAGGUGUGAUAUAUUCGUAUCUCUUAGGGGGUUGUCCUUUAGUUGUCGGUAAUUUAUGGGAUGUGACAGACAAGGAUAUAGAUAAGUUCACAAUGUCAGUAUUUGAAAAGAUUGGGUUAAUAAAAAACGUUGCAAAUUCAUUAGAGAGUGGAGCGAGUAUUAAUGAUGCAGUGGAAGAAUCAAGAGACAUCUGCAAUUUGAAAUAUCUUAACGGUAUCGCACCAGUUGUGUAUGGUUUACCAGCAAAAUUUUCAUACUAG